GUUCUACUGCAGUUAUGAAAUGUAUUAGAGUGUGAAUGGGAGAGGCAGAGAGAGAAACAGAUCCUACCUUCUCUAAGGAAUCAGUCAGAACUCAUACAACAGCUCGUCAUGUUUGCAGCAAGUGGAAGAAUCUCCAGUUGCUCUGUUUUACAGCUAUAUCUUAUGGACUUUUUAAAGGCAGCAAUGUUUUUGCUUGGACAUACCACUAUGAUACACAAUUAACUACAUGGAGUAUGUCACGUAACUGGUGCAGAACUCAUUAUACAGACAUGGUGGCAAUUCAGAAUAAAGACGAAAUCACAUAUCUGAGCCAGAUGUUGCCUCCUUCCCCAAAACACUACUGGAUUGGAAUUCGUAAAAUAAAUGAAGUCUGGACAUGGGUAGGAACCAAUAAAACACUGACUGCCGAAGCGAAAAACUGGGCACCAAGAGAACCUAAUAACAAAGGAAAACAACAAGACUGUGUGGAGAUUUACAUACAGAGGCUGGAACAUAGCGGGAAAUGGAAUGAUGAGCCGUGUACAAAUAAAAAAAGGGCUUUGUGUUAUCUAGCCAACUGCCAAGCAUCAUCCUGCAGCCAACGCGGCGAGUGUAUGGAGACGAUCGGCAACUAUACCUGUAACUGUCAUCCUGGCUACUAUGGUGCAGAGUGUGAACAUGUUAUAAAAUGUGCUGAGAUUGAGCAAAUACCUGAAGACUCUUCUAUGAACUGCACUCACCCUUUUGGUCACCCUGCCUUCACAUCUGCUUGCCAUUUCCAGUGCAGAGAGGGAUUUAAACUAAGAGGGUCUAGCAGCUUGCACUGCUCAGAACAUGGCAACUGGACUGGUGACUUCCCACAAUGUGAAGCUCUUCCAUGCCGAGCUCUGGCGCCUCCUGGACAUGCGACGAUGAAUUGUUCUCAUCCUUUAAAGCCAUCAAGUUUUAUGUCCAUGUGUAAUUUUAGUUGUUUACCUGGCUUCAUGCUAAAUGGCUCCAAAGUAAUUGAGUGUGAUUCUUCUGGGCAGUGGACAGCUCCUGAGCCAAUCUGCCAAGCAGUCUCCUGCUUGACUCUAAAUGAUCCAAAGUAUGGAUGGAUGAAUUGUACCCAUGUACAUGGAGAAUUUCAGUAUAAUUCUACCUGUAAUUUCUUUUGUUCUGGAGGAUUUUUACUGAAAGGAUCAGAUUCAGUCAUGUGCCAGGCGUUUGGAGGUUGGACAAAUCAAGUCCCUACAUGUGAAGCUGUGCCAUGCCGAGCUCUCACACCUCCUGGACAUGCAAUGAUGAAUUGUUCUCAUCCUUUAAAGCCAUCAAGUUUUAUGUCCAUGUGUAAUUUUAGUUGUAUACCUGGCUUCAUGCUAAAUGGCUCCAAAGUAAUUGAGUGUGAUCCUUCUGGGCAAUGGACAGCUCCGGAACCAAUCUGCCAAUCUAUCUCCUGUUCGACUUUGCAAGAUCCUACCUAUGGAUGGAUGAAUUGUACCCAUGUUCAUGGGAAAUUUCAUUACAAUUCUACCUGUAAUUUCUUUUGUUCUGAAGGAUUUUUACUGAAAGGAUCAGAUUCAGUCAUGUGCCAGGCGUCUGGAGGUUGGACAAAUCAAGUCCCUACAUGUGAAGCUGUGCCAUGCCGAGCUCUCGCACCUCCUAGACAUGCAACGAUGAAUUGUUCUCAUCCUUUAAAGCCAUCAAGUUUUAUGUCCGUGUGUAAUUUUAUUUGUUUACCUGGCUUCAUGCUAAAUGGCUCCAAAGAAAUUGAGUGUGAUUCUUCUGGGCAGUGGACAUCUCCGGAACCAAUCUGCCAAUGUAUGGUCAUUUUGUGA